AUACACCCAUUGGAACCACAGCAAAAACUUUGACAGCAGCUUGGAAAGAGCAACAGGCGGAAGAAGAUGCAGAUCUUUGUGAAAACCCUUACCGGCAAGACUAUCACCCUUGAGGUGGAGUCAAGCGACACCAUUGACAAUGUCAAAGCUAAGAUCCAGGACAAAGAAGGAAUUCCUCCGGAUCAGCAGAGGUUGAUCUUCGCCGGAAAGCAGUUGGAGGAUGGCCGUACCCUCGCCGACUAUAACAUCCAGAAAGAGUCAACAUUGCAUCUUGUUUUGAGGCUUCGUGGUGGUAUUAUUGAGCCAUCUUUGAUGGCAUUGGCCAGGAAAUACAACCAGGAUAAGACUAUCUGCCGCAAGUGCUAUGCACGUCUGCACCCUCGUGCUGUCAACUGCAGGAAAAAGAAGUGUGGACACAGCAACCAGUUGAGGCCAAAGAAGAAGAUCAAGUAGACCGUUCUGAUCGCAGGAAGGAUUUUUUUGAUGUCAUGGAUUACUGGAGAAUGUCUUUCGAUAAUUAGCUUCUUAGUAUUGUAGGAAGUUUGUUGGAAGUUAAACUAACAGUUUUUGUCCAUGAUUUUGUUUUUGUUUGAGACAAGAUUCUUAUCAAUUAUGCUACUGUUUGUUAUAUGUGAUGACAAUUUUGUAUUUUUAA